CGCUGUGGUACCUACGAAGUGCGAAUCUUUGCAAAUCGAUCAACGUGUUUGUAAAAUUAAAAUUCCAUUCUAUAAUAUUGAAAACUAACAUUAUCGAGUAUACGUGCUGUAAUAUUUUUUAAAUAUUUGUUUACUUGUUCUAAGAAUUUAAGCAGCCAUGAUUGAGCUGCCUCGUAUUACUAGAGCCCUUAGGGCACACACCCAACUUGAAAAACCUCGAAACCUGAAGCCUGAUGCGGAUGCUACGAAGCCGUUUCAGACAGAUAAGGAAAAGUAUAAAUCAUUCAGGGACAUUUGUAAUUAUGUAAAGGAACAUGAAAACUGUAAGGAUUUACAGCAAAUGCUACAAAACUUGAAAAAUGCUUGCAAAGUACUUGUUCCUGAUCAACCUGAUGAUAUUAUAGAAGAUGCUACAAUGAUGAUGCUCAGAAUGCUUCUUGAUCGCCGGUAUGUGAUGAAGCAAGACUUAUCAGAAAUGCGACUUGCAUUUGGAGAAGUCAAAACAGCAACAGCCGAUAAAAUUUGUGAGGUUGUAUUGAAAAUAUCUCGUGUAAUGUCUGAAGAAACAAAAGAAUACAUAAAGACGGAAAUCAUAGAAUCAAAUAAAGAUAAACAAAAAUUAUGGGGUGAAAAUAUGACAUAUGCUUACUUUCCUUACAAAUAUGUGGAAAGACCCUUUGAACAGUUAAUAAGCGAUCCUAUCACUGAAAGCAAAUUCUUGAAAGAUUUCUCUAUGAAAUACCAGGACAAGAAAGAAAAAAAACCUGAAACCAAACCUGUACCUGCUACAUCAAGUUCUAAGUUCGGCAAAACCUGGCUUGAAAAACAAAUGGCUAAAUUGUUUCCGAAUUCAACUGACAAGGGUUACUACAUGCAAUCAUUGUUAUACAUGAUACAUAGUAAAAAGAGCAAUGAAGAAUUACAAAAUGAGGUGUUUGAGCUAUUGGGGUUCGAUAAAAUAGAAUUUAUUCAGGACUUAUUAAUGCAUAGAGAGGAAAUUGUUAAAGAUUUAUUGUCGCAAGUUCAACCACCCACACCAACCAAUACAGUGAAGGAAAUUCAAACUAAGCCAGCAGUGCAAGAAAAGAAAAUGCCUGAAUAUCUUUGUCAAGUAACAGUGGAGACUGCGCAGGAGAAGAUGCUCAGGAAACAGGCUAAGAAAGUAGAAAAGAAAAAUAGGGUGUCUAAAAAGCUAUUAAUUCAUGAGAUGGAGAAGGAGGCAGAACCUACUAUCGAAGAAAUUAGAACCAAAAUCAGGUUAAGAGAACUGUUACAUAAUGUACCUUCGUCGUCAAAAUCCAACCGGGAUCCAGUUUUAACAAAGAUUUCGUACAGUCAGACGAAGUCACCGUAUCCAAAUGUCUACGAUUCAGCAAUAGCUGCCAGAAAUGCUGCUGGCUUUGUUUCGGGCCUAAAGUUGCUGCUUCCUGAAAAUACAGCAAAGAUAGACACCAAAGAGUAUUCAGAGAUCAUUUUGCCGAAGAACGACCCGCCGCCCUUGGAUGUUGGCAACAAACGAGUUCAGAUCUCUGAUUUGGACGAGAUCGGUCAGUCGGCUUUCGAAAACAUCAAGGAGUUGAAUCGGAUACAGUCAGUGGUGUUCAAUACAGCCUACAACACGAAUGAGAAUCUGUUGAUAUGCGCGCCCACCGGCGCUGGCAAGACCAACAUCGCUCUAUUGACUGUGGUGCAUCAGAUUAAACAGUACAUAGAAAACAACGUCAUACUGAAAGAUAAGUUCAAGAUAAUCUACAUAGCGCCGAUGAAGGCGUUAGCGGCGGAGAUGGCAGCCAGUUUCGGCAAGCGGCUGCAGUCACUGGGCAUCGCCGUGCGCGAGCUGACGGGAGACAUGAAGCUCACCAGAUCUGAGGUGCAGCAAACUCAGAUGAUCAUUACCACGCCGGAGAAAUGGGACGUCGUCACCAGGAAGGGAGUUACUGAGACGGAGCUAGCCACGAUCGUGAAGCUGCUUAUCAUCGACGAGGUGCAUCUCUUGCACGGCGACAGAGGUCCCAUAGUAGAGGCCAUAGUGGCAAGGACUCUGCGACAGGUCGAAUCGAGCCAGAACAUGAUCCGCAUCGUCGGCUUAUCCGCCACUCUGCCAAAUUACAUUGAUGUCGCCAGAUUCCUACGAGUAAAUCCAAACAUUGGUCUAUUCUUCUUCGACUCUCGCUUCCGUCCAGUACCUUUGGAACAGCAAUUUAUAGGUAUCAAGGAAGUAGGGAGCGGCGGCGGCACACACCUUAGACAGAUACAGCUAAUGAAUGAGGUAUGCUACGACAAAGCUGUAGACAUGGUAAUGAAAGGCCAUCAAGUAAUGGUAUUCGUCCACGCACGCAAUGCAACGCACCAGACGGCUAUGAUCAUGAAAGAAUUAGCACAGAAGAAGGGGCACUUAAAGCAUUUUGAGCCUGAAGACUCCGCUGGGUUCCUGAAAGCGAAGAAGGCAAUAGGCAGCAGCCCUAAUAAACAGCUAUCGGAGCUGUUCGCCAGUGGGUUUGCGUGCCAUCACGCAGGCAUGCUACGUAGUGACAGGAAUAUGAUCGAGAAGUAUUUUUCGGAAGGGUACAUUAGACUUCUUGUGUGUACAUCCACACUUGCUUGGGGAGUCAAUAUGCCAGCGCAUGCCGUCAUAAUUAAAGGCACAGAACUCUACGACCAAAGCAAAGGUUCCUUUGUUGACCUGAGCAUACUAGACGUACUGCAGAUAUUCGGUCGCGCCGGCAGACCGCAGUUCGAUACUUCUGGCACCGGCAUCAUUAUCACCUCCCACAAGAAGCUAUCACAUUACCUCCAGGCUAUAACCAAUUCAUUCCCGAUUGAAAGCAACUUCAUCAACCUGCUUGCUGAUAACUUAAAUGCUGAGAUUGCCCUGGGCACCGUAGCGAACAUCGACGAAGCUGUAGAAUGGUUGAGCUACACGUAUCUGUUUGUACGGAUGAGGCUGAACCCACAUGUGUAUGGUCUAUCAUACGAUGACGUCAGAGAAGAACCGAUGUUAGAAACGAAACGUCGACAGCUGAUCACGGCAGCGGCCAUGGAACUCGACAAGACGCACAUGAUACGAUACGAUGAUAACACUGGCGACCUCAACAUUACUGACCUGGGUCGCACGGCUAGCCACUACUACAUAACGCUAGAGACCAUGCAAGUGUUCAACUCCAUGGUACGUAAGACAAUGACACAGGGAGACGUCCUCAAGAUGCUCACUCGCUGCUCGGACUUCCAACAACUCAAGGUCAGGAAAGAAGAGCUGACUGAACUACAUUCUCUCCAAAACCAAUACUGCGAGUUGAGUACCGAGGGGGAGGUGAAGGAGGACUUGUAUUGGAAGAUCAACAUCCUCUUGCAGGUGUUCCUCUCAAGAGGACGUGUCAACGCGUCCUCUCUGCAGUCUGAUCUCAACUACAUCAGUCAGAAUGCCGUCCGUAUAGUGAGAGCGUUAUUCGAAAUAACGUUGCGUAAAAACAACGCGUACAUGGCAGCUGUUUACUUAAAAAUGUCAAAGAUGAUGGAACUUCAAAGCUGGGACUUCUACAGCGACAUGCGGCAGUUCAAUUGCUUCCCGAUAGAGGUCCUGAAGCAUAUAGAGUACCCAAUGCUUAGGCCAGAAGAUAUUAGAGAGAUGGACUGGAAGGAAUUAGGCGAACGUAUCCGAAACCCAAAAGCUGCCAGGCUACUGAAGGACCGGGCCGAGGAGUUCCCACUACUGGACAUGGAAGCAAGCAUACAACCCAUCACCAGAACAGUGCUGAAGAUCACGCUCGUAAUCACGCCUAACUUCAAGUGGAACGAUAAAUACCACGGGAAGGGCCCAGAACCAUUCUGGGUUUGGGUGGAGGACCCUGAGUAUGACAUCAUGUAUUAUCAUGAGUACUUCCUCCUUACCAAGAAACAGGUGAUAUCGAAGGAGCCUCAAGAGUUGGUGAUCACAAUUCCCGUAGUGGAACCCCUCCCCCCACAGUACUACAUCAGGGCAACCUCGGAAAGGUGGCUGGGGUCAGAAAGCGUGCUACCGCUAACAUUCCAAGACCUGAUACUGCCAGAGACGUAUCCCCCACACACGAAUCUGCUAUACCUACAGCCAUUGCCAAAGAAAGCUCUGAAGAACCCGGCAUACGAAGCGCUGUACAAAUUCUCGCAUUUCAACCCGAUCCAGACUCAAGUGUUCCACUGUCUGUACCACACUGACAACAACGUGCUGAUGGGAGCCCCCACCGGUUCCGGGAAAACCAUCAUGGCGGAGAUUACCAUGUUCCGAGCCUUCAACAAGGAUCCUAACUGCAAGGUCGUAUAUAUUGCCCCGUUGAAAGCAUUGGUAAAGGAAAGAAUGAAAGACUGGACCCACAGGCUCGAAGGGCAGUUAGGAAUGAAAGUCGUCGAGUUGACAGGUGAUGUAACUCCCGACGCCCGCGCAAUAAAGAGCUCCAGAGUGAUAGUGACAACGCCGGAGAAAUGGGACGGCAUCAGUCGGUCGUGGCAGACCCGGGCGUAUGUUCGCGACGUGACGCUCAUCGUCAUCGACGAGAUUCAUCUCCUCGGGGAAGACAGGGGACCCGUGCUCGAGGUCAUCGUUUCAAGAGCGAACUUCAUUCAGUCUCAUACGUCGAGAUCGUUACGCAUCGUCGGUAUGUCGACAGCGAUGGCUAACGCGCGAGACCUCGCCGACUGGUUGAAGAUUAAAAAGAUGGGACUCUACAACUUCAAACCCUACGUGCGCCCAGUACCACUGCAGAUCCACGUCUCCGGGUUCCCGGCGCAGCACUACUGCCCGCGCAUGAUGACAAUGAACAAGCCCACCUUCCAGGCCAUCCGGACACACUCGCCUAAAUCGCCCGUUCUCGUUUUCGUCUCCAGUAGGCGUCAAACCAGGCUCACAGCACUGGACCUGAUCGCGUACUUGGCCGCGGAAGAGAACCCCAAGCAAUGGCUGCACAUGCAAGAGUUUGAGAUGGAACAGAUUCUAUCCAACAUUCGCGACUCCAACCUCAAGUUGAUGCUUGCCUUCGGAAUAGGCAUCCACCACGCCGGCCUGCAUGAAAAAGACCGGUCCACGGUCGAAGAGCUUUUCGUCAAUCAGAAAAUACAGGUCCUGAUUUGCACAGCGACGCUGGCUUGGGGCGUCAAUUUCCCAGCCCACUUGGUGGUUAUCAAAGGCACAGAGUACUAUGACGGCAAGCAGAAACGUUACGUCGACAUGCCUAUCACAGAUGUACUGCAGAUGAUGGGUAGAGCUGGACGACCACAGUACGACACGCACGGCGUCGCAGUCGUAAUGGUGCACGAGCCCAAGAAGAAUUUCUACAAGAAGUUCUUCUAUGAACCCUUCCCGGUGGAAUCCAGCUUGCUGAAUGUACUGCCUGAGCACUUGAAUGCGGAAAUUGUUGCUGGUACAGUACAAACGAAGCAAGACAUUAUAGACUACAUGACCUGGACUUACUUCUUCCGGCGGUUGCUGACCAACCCGUCCUACUACGGCCUGAACAGCUUAGAGCCCGAGGAGCUAUCUCAGUUCUUAUCGAUCCUCGUCCAAGGAGCUCUGGACGUCCUCGCCAAUGCAGGCUGCGUAGAGAUCGAAGAAGACCAACGCACGGUGAGCUGCACUUGGAUGGGUCGCAUUGCGUCGUACUACUACCUGUCGCACAAGACGAUGGCUCAUUUCCGUGCCAAUCUCCACUACAACAUGCGGAUAGACGACCUGCUGAGGCUCCUCGCCGAUUGCGAGGAAUACGCCACCCUGCCCGUGCGACAUAACGAGGACCUCAUUAACGGUGCUCUGGCGCAGCAGUGUCGUCUACCGGUUGACUCGCUUACCCUAGACUCGUCAAACGUGAAAGCCUUCCUUCUUCUACAAGCGCACAUGUCUCGACUGAUUCUGCCUAACACCGACUACCUGACGGACACUAAGUCUGUUCUCGACCAAACUAUCAGAAUCAUUCAGGCCAUGAUAGACACAUCAGCAGAGAAUGGUUGGUUGGCUGUAUGCCUGUGUUGCCAGAUGCUGAUGCAGUGCAUUGUACAAGCCCGCUGGCCUACAGAUUCUCCUCUGACUACACUACCAAAUGUAGAAUCACAACAUUUGUACAUGUUCUCGAAUAUGGGCCGGGAUACCAAAUUACCCUGCCAAAACCUUAACGGCGUCAAAGUAGCCUGCAUGAAGAACUACGAGCUCCUGGCCAAACAUUUGAGGAAAGAAUUUAAUGAAAACCAGAUCCAGGAAAUUCAUGAGAUAAUAUGCGCCUUGCCAACCACUGACGUCAGGUUAUCCGUUCGUGGGGUAUGGUUCGAUGCAGAACACGAACAAGACAAAUUGAUAAAACAGCCAUGCGAAACAAAUGUGUGGGUGCCCCUCCAUGCAAACCAGGAAUAUACAUUGGUUGUGGACUUGAAACGACGCGGCGGCCCGGUAAACAGCGUGUUCUGUCCAAGAUUCCCGAAAAUAAAGAAUGAGGGCUGGUUCCUCACGCUGGGCACCACCGAAUAUGGAGAACUCCACGCCCUAAAGAGAGUACAGCCUAAAGGCACAGGACAGGUUACUUUCUACACUCCAUCAAAGACAGGUCGCAUUAUCUACACAAUUUAUCUAAUGAGUGACUGCUACAUGGGCUUGGAUCAACAAUAUAAUUUACAGUUCGAGAUUAUAGAUCCACUGCCGCGAGAAACGUUUGAGAGGGUGUAUGACACCACACACAAGACUUUAUUAGAGUAAAAAAAAUAUCUAUCACAUAAAUUGUAAUUUAUAAAUUAUUGGCUGGCAAUUGAUUGGCUUUGCCAAGGGCAUAAACAAGUUUUGAAAAGUAAUAAUUAUAUAACCUUAUUA